AUGUAUGGGAAAUGUGGGAGCGUGGAUCUCGUGCGUCAGAUCUUCGAUGCGAGCGUCGUGAAAGAUUCUUUCACCUGGAAUCUCAUGCUCACUGCCUACUGCAGCAACGGGCACAUCCACAAGGCCAAGAACGUCUACGAUUCGAUGCCCAGGUGGAACAUUGUCUCCUGCAAUUGUAUGCCCACGGCAUAUGCCCAAAACAGGCAUAUUCAGGAGGCCACGAGGUUCUUUUUCGUUUUAAUGCAAGGCCGGGAUAUUGUUUCCUGGAAUGCUAUCUUUUCUGCAUAUGCGCACAAUGGGUAUCUGGAAGAUGCCAAACAAAUUUUUGAAUUCAUGCCAAAGUGGAACCUCUUGUCAUGGACUGCCAUGGUUGCAGUAUAUCCACAGCUAGGAUUCUUUAAUCACGCAAGGCGAAUACUGGAAACUAUGCCAGAACAAGAUCUCAUUUCGUUGACGGCCAUGAUUUCUGCUUAUGCCCAAAACGGACACGUGGCAGAAGCGAAGCGGCUGUUUUACGAGGACAUUCCGCAGCAUAAUCUUGUAUCGUGGAAUGCCAUGGUCGCGACGUGUAGCUGGAAUGUCCGGGAGGCGAAAGAGGUAUUUGAUUCCGCCCCGGAAAGGGACACGGUGACGUGGAAUGCUAUGCUUUUGGCCUAUGCCCAUUGCGGGCAUCUUCAGGACACGGUGGACGUUUUUUGCCAUGCCACAGUGAAACGUGGUUUCGUGGAACGCCAUGUUGGAUUCUUACGUGGAAAACCACGAGUGGAUGGAAGCAAAAGCUUUGUUUGA